GGAAAAGGGAUUUGCUGCCAUGAAGUUAUUUGGAGAAAGUGUGGCUGGUUUAUCUGUGGCGCAAACUCGUGAAAUCAAUUUAAAUUUAUGUUAUUGGAGCGCGUCGAACCGCGUCAAAACGCGUCUCCCAAAUCUUUCUAAAAUGGUUAAAGUUGACCAAACUCAAUUGUAGAGUAUCAACGCUUCUUAUACACAACAACCUCACCAUGGACGAAUUCGAUAAUGAGCUCAAUCAUUUGUUCUCCUCCGCAACUGCUUCAGGUGGCCCUAUUGAGGCAGAUGUACUCGCAGAGUUACAAUCAAUUAUGCGACUGCACUCAAUACCCCCACAAGAACUUUUUUACAAGUGGGAAUCAUACAGCAUUAAGAUGGGACAAGAUGAUAUGAAAUUGGAUAUCGAUACUGUUAGAGCUCUCAAGCAAAAUGUACAAGACGGACUCGAGAAGGAAAAUCGGAAAACUAAGGCUCAUAUAUCAAAUAAAAGAAUGGGAGUUGCACCUCGAAAUGUUGGAGGUAAUAAUGAUGUUUUUGGAAUGUAAGACCGUCUUAAAAAGAAAACCUGAUAUUGAUCUCUUCUCAUGGCAUCCUAGGUUAGAUAUCACGCCAAAUACUCCCCGAAGUGGGAUGAGUUCACGGCCGAAACGUAAAUUCGAGACACCUUCCAUAUCGAGGAUGAAAGCGGAACCGGCUAGUAGUCCCUCGGACUUUAGGACAUCAAGCAACCUAAAAGAUACUGGCACUGGCGCUACGCAUGCUCCGUAUGUUGUCAUUACCGGUUAAAUUCGGCAGAUACUGACAGGCUGUAGCACCUCAUUCAACGAUCGACCGCAUGCUGGCCAAACUGUUGAAGUUCUGAAUGACCACCUCGAAGUCCCAGAGCCUCCAAUCGCUCCUUACCCGGAAUCAAGAAUUAAACUUACGGCAAAUUCAGAUAUGAAGAAGUUAUCUUACAAGACAAUGGCGAUGAAAUCAUCGGAAGCCUCAGAAAUAUUGGAUGACCGGAUAGACGAAUUUAUGCUUCUCAUACAGGCACAUCAUAAGCUGGAAGACUCAGAUUUUGGCAGUGCAGCAAGUCAAAGUACAAAUGAGAUAGUAGCUGUCGGGAGGAUUGCAUGCGACUCUGCUGAAGGAAAGCUUAAUCCUUCUUCAAUUGUACUUGAGACCUCACGAAGGAUGGGUGCAGGAUUGCGAAUACCACUUAAAAUUGAUAAGAUGAGAGGAUUUAAAUUCUUCCCCGGGCAAAUAGUUGCGUUAAAGGGGAUAAAUGCUUCGGGUGAGGAUUUCACAGUAAGCGAAAUUCUUGAACCUCCCCUACUCGGUGUUGCUGCAUCAACGCCUGCCAGUCUUGAUGACCAUGUUCGAAGACUCCGAGGUGGCUCAGAUGCAAUGGAGGAUGAUUCUGACCCAGCACCGCUUAAUAUCAUCAUAGGGAGUGGACCCUUCACAGCAGAUGAUAAUCUGGACUUCGAGCCUCUACAUGCCAUUUGUACCCAAGCAGCGGAUAACUACGCAGAUGUACUAAUUCUCACCGGGCCAUUUCUUGAUAUCGAUCAUCCACUAAUUGCAAGCGGAGACUUCGAUCUACCCGAGGAAGUUCUGGCGAACCCAGAUUCCGCUACUAUGUCUGCCAUCUUUAAACUUCUCAUCACCCCAGCCUUCACUCAACUCACUUCCACUCACCCCAGUAUAACUAUCCUCCUCAUUCCUUCAGUCAAAGAUGCCAUCGACAGACAUGCCGCCUGGCCUCAGGAACCCUUUUCCAGAAAAGACUUUGGCCUUCCUAAAGCUGUCCGCGUCGUUGGUAAUCCUAUGACUAUCGCCCUUAACGAGAUAGUGAUGGGUAUCUCCUCCCAAGAUAUUUUGUAUGAGCUUCGACAUGAGGAAAUUGUCGGCGGAAAACCGCAGGAUUCUACUUUGCUUGCACGUUUACCCAAAUAUCUAAUCGAGCAACGACAUUUCUUUCCGUUAUUUCCACCGGUUCAGAGAUCUCAGUUACCGAAAACUGGAACGGAGGACGGUAUACCUGUGGGAGCGAUGCUUGAUACGAGCUUUUUGAAGCUGGGAGAGAUGAUCAAUGUGAGGCCGGAUAUGUUGGUGGUACCAAGUUCACUACCACCCUUCGCUAAGGUAUGUGAUAUUUAUAAGGACAUUUACAAUGGUCGCGAGCAUUUGUCUUGAAAUCAAAUUGCUGAUACCUGAGAUUUUUAGGUCCUAGAAAGUGUGUUAGUGAUCAACCCAGGAUACUUAUCGAAAAGAAAAGCAGCCGGCACAUAUGCCAAAUUGACAGUAUACCCAGCGUCGAUGACGGAGCAAGAAAGAACACAAGGAACUAUGAUUGGUCAUAAGUUGUUUGAGCGAGCUCGUGUAGAUAUUGUGCGGAUAUGAUAUAGAUUUCUUCAAGUUAUAUACUAUCAGCGAUAGAGAUUAAAGGCUGAGUUAGCAUUAAUUUCUUGUUCUAAAUUAUAAAGCUCAUCAUUCUAAAGCUAUUA